AUGUCAGCUAAAAAAGUUGCUAUUUCUAUAAAUGUUGUGUAUAAUGAUGACAUUUAUAGUCAAGAGAGUCUUUUCUACUCAGGAGAAACAACCUUGCUUCCAUGUAAGCUAAGUAAACUAUGUCAAUUUUAUGUCUGAAUUUCCUUGUGUUUGAUACAUGUUCAGUUAAUUUGCCCUGCUUUGUCUUUAAAUCAAUGGUAAAGGGUUCAAGAUUGGAUAGUAAUACAUCACAUAGCAAAUAGAUGUAUAAAACAGGUAGAUUCCAUGUUGCUGUGGGUUUUUAAAGUUACUGUAAACAUGUGCAGAAGAUAUCAAAAUGUGGUGAGAAAAUCAGUGACACACUUGGUUGUGUCUCUUGUGCCACUGUUACCACAUUGGGACAUAUUCUGUGAUCUAUUACUGAACAGAUAUACUGCAGCAUGGAAUAUAUUUCUUAGGUGAAAUGCUUGAGACCAAUUUGACAUGAGGAUUUCCUUUAAAUUGUUGGGUCCUCAAGAAAACCCUCUCUAUCUAUUCUUUCCUGACAAGGUAGCUGUUUCAUUUUGAAAUGUUUAUUUUCAUAUUACUUCUGUUUCAGUAAUUCUACCCCCAGCCUGGACAUUAACUGGGACAUCUAUUCCAUUUUGUGUAAGAUAAUUUUAGAAGUCAGUUUAGUAUGAUUUAAAGCAAAUCUUUGCUGACUUUAACUCAUAAACAGUACCUGUUUCAUCAUAAUCAGCUAUGUUUUCUUUGUUUUUAUUGUCUCCUGCUGUUUCUUUUUGCAACUCCGUCCCCAACAUUGUCCAAAAAUUACAAACUCUGUUAGUCAGCCGGCUCCACACUAUGUUUUCUUGUGCAGGAUAAAAGCAGGCAUUUCCUGGGAGGGCAAGAUGGGCCCAUCUCACCCCCUUGGGUACAGCCAACCAGAACACAGGAUUCCCCCAUAUUGCCCACAGGCACUACCAGUGAUUUAAUAAUGUUUAUUAUCAUAAUUAUUGUUAUUACAAUAUAACUUUUGAAGUAGUAAAAAAAAUGCAGGAGUUUGUAUUUUACUAAAGCUGCUCUAAAGUCAAACCUGUGCCUUUUGGUGAUAUUUCACACUUAUUUUAGAGAGGUCAUAGCCAUUUCACUAUUACAAGCUUUUUAUGUUUCAACUUUUCAGGCUCUUUUUUAUUUAUUUCCAUUUUAAUUAUUGAGACACAAAUUAUUUCAUCUAGUAAAGUAUGCUAUCAUUGACAGAAAUUGUUUGGCAAAAUUUUGUGCACACCAAUAUUUCUUUUGUCAGUUUGACACCACCAAAAAUUCAGAAAUACAUGUAUCUUUUUACCAACUAAAUUUUAUAUUUUGUGGUUUUAGGCCACAGUAGAGUCAUUGAGUGAUCAUGUUUUGGGAUACAAAGAAAGGCUUCAAAACAUAACAGCAAUGAAUGUUUACUGUAGCAAGAGUACUGAUGUAAGUAAGGAAAUCAAUUUAGUGACUCAUUAUUUGCCUUUGAGAUACUACUAGUCUUAAUACUACUAAAUUUUAUGUCUGUUUCUUUAAACAUAUAUAUCAUUGAGGAUUGAUAAUAAUAAGAGUUAAUGAGUCUCCUUUGAAGUUGUCUCUUGGUGGCAUGAUCAAACACCCAGAGACUAAAAGAGGACAAGGACAAGUCUCAGUGCUCAGAUCAAAAUAAGACUCUAUAUCAAGUCUUGAAUGAAAUGUCUGCCAUAAUAUGUGCAACACCCUGAGGGAAUUAUAUCUUUCAAGUACCUUAGUUUUAAAACUGCUUUGCAAAAGUAAGAAGCAUUUAGAGCAAGUUUUACUUGGUUCUUGCGAGUUAUUCACAAUUGCAUUUGCAAUUGCUCUGUGAUUGGUUUGGAAAACUACCAGCACCCUCUUGACCAGUCACUUGAGGUCUUGAUCACUUAUAUAUUAAUACAUUUAUUAAAUGAGUUCCCAUAGGUUCAUCCUUUUCUUUGUUCAGUUGUGAUUUAACUUUGGUUUAGUUUUACAACUCUCAAUCCAAUGAAGACGGUUAUUUUAUUUGUUUUACUGAAGAGUUUGUCUCCUCCAGAAUGUUCAAGGACAGUAAAGAAGUCAGAGAUCACUUGAAUGAAUAGACUGUAAUCCUGAAUAUGAUGUUCCUCCUCCAAGUGAAAAAUUUGUUAAUAUUUAAUGCUUGAUGGAGGAAAACUCACUGAUAUACUUUUUUAACUUAUAGGAGUUGCGCUUAGAAGACUAUGAAUACCUUGAGAAGUCUGGGAAAUUAUCAAAAAGAAAAACAAGAACAAAAAUAGGAGUCCUACUUCAAGACACAAAUUGUCCCAUGUAAAAUAUGCAUAAUUACAUUAAAAUACAGAUCCAUGACUUUGCAAAACAUAUUACGUACUAAAUAUUUUCAAAAGUAUACGUGCAGUCAGGAUUUAUUGGGCUAGGUUGUGUUUUUGGGAAAACACUUCACUCUUGAUUAAGAAGUGCCCUCCCUACCCUGGAUUUUUGUUUUAAAGGGGGGAGGGAAGAGUCAUGUCGGUAAUGCUAGUGUUACCACUUAUUUUGGAGAGUAGGGAUACUUCAUGCUCCGUAAUCAAAGGCUAUUUCAUGGUAUGGGAAACAGAAGACGCUUUGUUAAUUAACUUUAACCGCUGAACUUAUGAGCCUGUUUAUGAUUCUUUCGCAGUUUCGCUACGAUUGGUACCCAAGGAGGAGCAGUCAAAUCCUCCACAUCUGGUCCUUUCAGUCAAAAAAAACAGGAGGCAGCAAAUAUUUGGUCUAAAUCAUCCAGUGCGGUGGUUUUUGCAAGCCAAAGUAAGAAACCUCACACCGUUACCUUUAUGCCUGGCCUGCUUAACUGAGUGCAACUUAAAUUUUCUUCUAGCAGCUUACGUUUUACUUUUUAAUGUAAAUGAAACAAUUGAAAAGAAUAUCUUGAUAGGCAGAAAACGCUUGGAAGAAAAAAAUAUAUAGUCAUUCUGGCUUUGUUGAUGGGAUCGUACCUGGAGUGGCUGGUAAGGGAAGGAAAAAAAAACACGUUUAAAAACAAGCUGAUAACCUAUCAUUCCUUAUCUCGCCACAAGACAGAAAAAACAAGGGUGCGGUGAGUGGGGAAACUUGUAGAGGGAGCUUACGAGAGCAGGUAUACUUACAACAGGGAAAUUUCUUAAUCAUUUAAAUUCAGUGCGGCAAAUACUCAACUGUUUUUAACUUUCUUUUCAGUGGCCACAGAUCCUGGCACAGUUCGCACUCAAGCGCAACCAUCACACAAGUUUUCCUUUUCUCCGAUAAUAAAUUUUACGGCGCAAACUUCUGCAGACCCUAGCAAAGUUUUUCUCCCCCCAGCUGGCGAGGUAGAGCCAGCGCCAACCGUGACUGUUUCAGAAGGGAAGGAACUUAUGGACUCCCUCCUUGAGAGCAUUAUCAAAUGCAUGCAAAUCCAGAAUUCUCUCUACAGACUUGUGUUGCUGAAACUGGAAAAGCGAGCUGCUGAACCUAAAGAUGAAAAUGAUGUUCUCCCGGGGCCCAAGGCGAGUGACGAGAAAAGCGCUGGAAAGAAUCAGGAUUGUGAUCUAGGAACUCUCCUGUGUGAGCUCAAAAGCCCCUUAGAGGCCUUAAUGCGCUCUGCAGAAAUUCAAAGAGGACUUUUUCAAAGAAUGGUCGCCGUGAACUCGAUGAUGACUGACGAAUCUGCUGACCCGCCUAACGAUGGUGCAUCUUCUAGAGAGGGUCAAGGUGAAGUAGUACUUAACACUACAUGAAAAAAUUUUAAACAAUGUACAUUCUCAACAAUUUGCUUUCGUGUCCUUGUUAUUUUACAGAAUCCCGUCAAGUUAACAUACUGACAGUUCGUUCCGACCUCGAAGAGAUCACUUUUAAAACCAAAAUGCCGUGUUACUAUGCAAGAAACCCUUACACCAACCAAGAAGUUAAGGCAAUAACUAGCGACGAUGUCCUACAUCAUGUAUGUCAGGAUGAGCGGCCCUUAAGCUCUCGAGCCGUCAGGGUUGGGACGAGUGGUCAGCGGGAACUUCCUCAUGGAUUUGGAACCCUAAAAACCGUGACAGGGAAGCUUUUAUACAAGGGAGACUGGUGCAGAGGUAAUCUGCAUUGGCGGGAUAUUUUGACUCCUUUUUUUUGCGGUAUGGAAAUUACCGUGAGGGAAAUAACUAAAUGUUGACAUGGAAAGAUAACUAAUUGAAAUUAAACGAAAAGGACAACCCUCUUGAGUAAAUGCAAAGGAUAAAUAAAGAAAAAAAGGGGGGACAACCCUCUUAAGUAAAUGCAAAUGAUUAAUAAAGAAAAGGAGACUGUGUAAGGAUUGAGUUGAUGAACACAGAUGGUUCUGCAUUAGAUUAGAUUGCCAAGGAGAUUAGGACCUCUAGUACUCGUUCCUUACUUGUACCCUACUCAUCCUCUCCACUUCCCUCGCGUUUAAGGUACCUCUUACACAUCACCAUGAUUCUUCUCCGUACCCUUUUAAAAGCUUUUUUCCCUUCUAUCCAGGAGUCUUCAUAAACGGUGCUAAAUUAUCAGUGAAGCGAUUAGAUGAUGUCCUUUGAACUUAUUUCUUGCACUGCAGGCAAGCGACAUGGCAAAGGUGAAGGACUUAUUCUAUCAGUGCCGUUAGUGGGUAGCAGCCCAGGCACUAUCGAAAAUGGAUUCUACAGUGGAGGAUGGAAAAACAACAUGAGGUACGUUGAACAAAAUUUUGACGGUGCACUCGUAGACACCAUCUUCUUUCCGUAGUGAAAUUAGUAGAUUUUAUGGACAAACAAUUUUGAAGGGUAAGAGCAAAGUGUAGACUAAGUUAACUCCUUCGAAAGGAACACCUCCCCUGAUAAACAGAGAGUCCAUCCCAGCCGAUCUAAAGUUUUAAUCAGAAUAAAUCUCCACUGUCUUUGGAAAGCUAAGUCCUGUCUAUGAUGAUCUAUGGGGGACUCGUUUGUCCAUUAAGAAGUUAUCUAUCUUUGAGAGAGUUAACUGUGGCCCUUCCAGACGGGUUUUGAACGAUCAGAAAAAUGCAUUUAUAGUUAUCUUGCUUCCUCCAUUUCUCUUUCCCUUCCUUUUAAUAUACUCUCAUCCGGCCUAACUCAGAAUUUGCUUUAGCCCCUCACGUUAAUUGUCGAUCUUUUCUCGAAUUGGAAAGCAAAAGACUUUAGCCCAAACUACUUAUUUUAUUUUCAGGCAUGGCAAGGGGAAAAUGACGUUUGUGUCCGGGGUCGUAUACGAGGGUCAGUGGCAGUAUGAUGAAAUGACUGGAUAUGGGACCCUGAAGUGCCCGGAUGGAACCAUUCAAGAAGGGAAUUGGAAGGACGGGUCGUUGGACGGCUGUGUUCUCUUCACCUGGCCACAUGGUGUCACAGAGUACCGCGAGUAUAAACAAGGUCAAGGUUAGUUUUAACUAGAUGGCCUGAUGAAAAAGUGAAAUGCGUCAUUUUAUUGUGAAUCUUUUGAAAGACUGAACGGCGAACUCAUAACGAGUGAGAAAGUAAUGCUAACUUUGGCUGUGGUAUUUAAUCGGAAAGAAAAAUGUGCUCCGAUAAGGAGAGAAGUUGAAAGUUGUGGACACUGCUUGUGUAUAUGGUAUGGCCGUGACAUGCGUCUUGCACCCGAUACUCGAUAAUUUCCAAUAUAUACUGAUCAUUGAACUAAGUAAAAAACAGUUGAAAGUUGAAACCUUUUUCGCUUUUUUGAAACCUUUUCCAGGUCAGCUACCUUGCUCUAAAAUUGACAAAGAAACUGCUGUAAAGCUUACGCAGAUGAGUCCCAUUAGAUCCCAGCUCCUAACACUGCGUGAAUGCGCGGCUGAGUUGAAGGACGAGAACCUGGCUCUCAAAGACGAACUGAACACAUUGAGAGUAGGACAGGCUGAGUUAGACAAAAAGCAUGAAGCGGCUCUUUUGGAACUUCGCCAGUACUUUGACGAUCAACGCGAGCUCGACUCUGAAAAACUGCGAAAAGAGUUCGAACAGAGGGUGAAAGAUGCAGAAGAGAGCAAAUCGAAAAGCUCCGAAAGAAUACGAGAAUUAGAAAAGGAGCUGGAAGAAGCCAAAGGAGGGCGGCUGUGCCAGAUUUGUUUUGAAAACCCACGUGACUGUAUCAUUAUGCCCUGCACUCAUUUGCUGUACUGUAGGACAUGUGUGGCAGAGCAUAAAAGGAAAGGUGACUCCCGCUGCCCUACUUGCCGUGGGCCUAUCUCCGGAGAAAUGUUGUGUAACGUGAAUCACUAAUCAGGGAAAGUCUUAACGUUUUAAAAGUGGACUCAAGUGUUAGUCAUUAAUGCUCCUAAAUGAAAGAAAAAUUCACUAGUCACGUAAAUUUCUGGAAACGAAUCACGCCUCGCGCUGAUUCGUAAGUUCACGGAACACGUUGCCUCGCUUUCUGGAAAAUUCACGCAUCACAUAAAUUUUGGCCUUAAUCCUUCAACUCCCAAGAUCUUGUUAGAAAUUCUCUUAACUGUCUGCUAUGCAAUUCAUAUGAUGUUAUCUCGGAGAAGUUGGUAUUGCAUUAACUAAUAAUCCCUUAUUGAUGUUUUCUUUAUUCUCAUCACUUGUCUGCUUGAUAUUAUGAUGAUAAUGUAGAGAGAAAUUCUGUCUUGGUCACUCAUGGGAGUUAAACGGUUAAUUACAAUCACGUAAAAAACCCUUUGACACCCACCUCUCUGGAAAAACCACACUCUUUAUUCUAUAAGAGCGCGUACAAUUUGGCUGAGUCCAGAUGUUCGAAGCUACUUUUCAACAGCAACUGAAAUGUAAUCACCGCUUGGCCAUGGAAGGUCUGGGUACGAGACUAAAUUAAUCUUCGUAAUUUAUGCGACGUUGCAUUACGGAAUAGAUCUUUUAGUUUGGAAAUAAAGAUUUUGUGACAACUUUGGUU